AUGCCUGCGCCUGUGGGUAGCGUCGCCCUCUCCUCCUCCACCCCCAGCCCCAGCUUCGUCUCUCUCGCUUUGCCUCCCUGGAGACGGCGGCGGCCGUUACCUAGGCAGCGCGAGAGAAGCAAGACCGCCGAUGUCUGGUCUCUGGUUUUGCCCCGAGUGGAUUCUCCAGCAGCAGCAGCCAAAGCCCAGCAGCGACUCAUAGCCACAGUAGCCAGUAACCAAUUUUUCUCUUCUUCUUCUCUUUCUCUCCUCCUUCUCCCUUCCAUCUCUCAGCUUCAUUUGCAUCCCUCUCUCCUCCUUCUUGAAGGCCUCGCAUCCCUUUGCCAGCCUUUACCUCCCUCUCCUCUCUUCCCUUUCUUCAGUCCAGCGAAGAAAUCACAUACCGGCACAAUGGCUAGCCAACAGGACAAGUCUAUCUUCGGAGUCCCCGGCUUCGUCGUGGACUUCAUGAUGGGUGGUGUCUCCGCCGCCGUCUCCAAGACUGCUGCCGCUCCCAUUGAGCGUGUCAAGCUUCUUAUCCAGAACCAGGACGAGAUGUUGAAGUCUGGUCGUCUCGACCGCAAGUACAACGGCAUCAUGGACUGCUUCCGCAGAACUGCCGGUACUGAGGGUAUGGUCUCCCUCUGGAGAGGUAACACUGCCAACGUCAUCCGUUACUUCCCAACCCAGGCCCUCAACUUCGCUUUCCGUGACACCUACAAGUCCAUGUUCGCCUUCAAGAAGGACCGUGAUGGAUACUGGACUUGGAUGGCCGGUAACUUGGCCUCCGGUGGUAUGGCUGGUGCCACCUCCCUCCUCUUCGUCUACUCCCUCGACUACGCCCGUACCCGUCUUGCCAACGACGCCAAGUCUGCUAAGAAGGGUGGUGGUGAGCGUCAGUUCAACGGUCUGAUUGACGUCUACAAGAAGACCCUCGCCUCUGAUGGUAUUGCUGGUCUCUACCGUGGAUUCGGACCCUCCGUCCUCGGAAUUGUCGUCUACCGUGGUCUGUACUUCGGAAUGUACGACUCCAUCAAGCCUGUUCUUCUCGUUGGACCUCUCGAGGGUAACUUCCUUGCCUCCUUCUUGCUCGGCUGGACUGUCACCACUGGUGCUGGUAUUGCUUCUUAUCCUCUUGACACUGUCCGUCGUCGUAUGAUGAUGACUUCUGGUGAGGCCGUCAAGUACUCUUCUUCCUUCGAUGCUGCCCGCCAGAUCAUGGCUAAGGAGGGUAUCCGCUCCUUCUUCAAGGGCGCUGGUGCCAACAUCCUCCGUGGUGUUGCCGGUGCUGGUGUCCUCUCCAUCUACGACCAGGUCCAGCUCCUCCUCUUCGGAAAGAAGUUCAAGUAA